AUGUGCUCCGGCCAAAUUUUUCUUUUCUGUGAAGCUCAAAAUUGGAUCGGCCAACCACAUGCUUUACUCCAAUGUCAAAUUCUUGCCUCAGUGGGAAAUUGGGAAAGACACCCCAGCAAAUUCAAUGCCAUUAGUCUUGACCUAUCGCGAUGCUUCCAAAGGUGAAAUCAGGCGUUAUGCUCUGGACUACGGAUUUCAAUUUUAUCUGGCCAGAAAAUUCAGCAUGAGCAACCUUUGUAUAAAAGUGAGCUUGCGAUCAAGCAGGGAAGUGUUAGAGAUGAGGCAGUACUUAUGGAAAAACAGCAAACUUCUCUAUAA